CCCCCACCCUUCUAGUCAGCCAGUUUACACACACCCUUCUGCUCCUCCUUGAUUGAAAUGCUAGGUCAAGAGGAAGAAGGAAAACAAAUUCAAGAGCUGCUCUUAAGCGUCUAGAACUUUCUGUGUCCCAUCCAUUAGGAGGAUACACUGGCCCCAGAUCAUCAACAUUCCUUGAGCUUUUGGAGAUAACUGAAAGAAGAGUCCAUCGGUAUUGUGGCCUCAGAAGGACACAGGGACUGACAACUGGCAGAAAGAUGGCAAGCCUAAGGCCCACCACUCAAGCAGACCCUGAAAUUGAACUUUUUGUGAAGGCUGGAAGUGAUGGGGAAAGUAUUGGAAAUUGUCCCUUUUGCCAACGUCUUUUCAUGAUCCUCUGGCUUAAAGGAGUUAAAUUUAAUGUAACUACUGUUGACAUGACCAGAAAGCCUGAAGAACUGAAGGACUUAGCCCCAGGUACCAACCCGCCCUUCUUGGUAUAUAACAAGGAGUUGAAAACAGACUUCAUUAAAAUUGAGGAGUUUCUAGAGCAGACACUGGCUCCUCCAAGGUAUCCCCAUCUGAGUCCCAAGUACAAGGAAUCCUUUGAUGUGGGCUGUAACCUCUUUGCCAAGUUUUCUGCAUACAUUAAGAACACUCAGAAAGAAGCAAAUAAGAAUUUUGAAAAAUCUCUGCUCAGAGAAUUUAAGCGUCUGGAUGACUACUUAAAUACCCCACUUCUGGAUGAAAUUGAUCAAGACAGUGCUGAGGAACUUACAGUUUCCAGAAGAUUGUUCUUGGAUGGGGAUCAGCUAACACUGGCUGACUGCAGCUUAUUACCUAAGCUGAAUAUUAUUAAAGUUGCUGCCAAGAAGUACCGUGAUUUUGACAUUCCAAUAGAAUUCUCAGGAGUCUGGCGCUAUCUCCACAAUGCCUACACCCGUGAAGAAUUUACCCACACAUGUCCCGAAGACAAAGAAAUUGAAAAUACCUAUGCAAGUGUGGCUAAACAAAAGAGUUAAGAGAACUCUUUCAGAAGAUAAGGUUUCCUUUGUUGUGAAUUUUCAUGUUCUAGCAUAUUAGAAAGCUUUCAGGGAGUAACAUGGAAAAUACUAUUCCGUCUAACUCAUUCAAUUAUAGAAGAGAACUCUAAAUUUUCCGUAUCUAGGUAGCUAUAAACAAUCUGACCUCCAUGUAUCUUGCGGAUCUUCAUAUUUUCACUUCAGUUUAUUUAUUCCUGUGACAAACCAUUGUAAUCUUGAGCAACAUGGAAAGUAUCCAGAUCUGUUGCUCUUGGAUUCAGUGCCUAGAAUGCAUAAUGUGUGUCUAAAGUUAUAAAUAACACAAGUAGAGCCACAAUCUCAAACUACUCCUUAGAAAUAAUUCCAUCUAAGUUAUUAUAAAAAUUUUAUAUUUUAUUUACUUUAAUGCAUACAUGAGUCUAAUUCUGAAGUGAAUAGUGAGCUCAAAGAAUGACCAUUUCAGAGAGGCUAAAACAAUGACUUAAAAAACAUUAAACAGAUCAAGACCAAUGGGUCAUAUAAGGGCAUGCAAUGCCUAGAAAUAUGAUCACAUCAUAAAGAUGACACUCUGGCCUUUGUGACUAGAUUUAUGAUUUUUACUAUUAUUGUUGCUCUUAUUGUUGUUAAAUAAGUAAGUAUUCAUUUGAUAAAACAUAAUUUUGUAAAAGGAAAUGAGGAAAUAAAUAGAAAACCUGAAAAGUCAAUUGUAUCUUUCACUCAAAUAAAUAAAAGGAAACUGAAAAGUUUGCCUGACAAAAAGGUCUUGAACUAUUCAUGAAAUGAUAGUAUAGUAGACCCUUGGAAGAUGAUUAUAAAGUUUUCUAUAGAAUUUUAAAUGUAUCAUAUGUAUUGAAGUUCAUAGCUGCCCUGCAUGUUAAAGUAUGCUUCAUACGUUAAAGUACUGUCAAGUCAUUCAAAUCCAGAAACAAAAGCUGAACUUGCCCUUGCUCCUUCAGAGGUGAAACCAGCAAAUGAGAAGUUUCCAAAAUGAAAAACAUGGCUAUCAUAAAAGAUAAGAUUUCAGUGAGAUAGUGUGUUUAACAGGUUUGCACCUGCUGGAGUUAAUAGCUUCUCUGAACAGAUCUGAUACAUUUUCAUUAAUAUUAUUUCAAAAAGUGAAGUUGCUUAAGAUUUCUGAUUUUAAGCAGCAAAGCAUCUCAGCAAAGUUUCUUCUAUGCCUUGAGAUUUAUUGACCUAAGUUUUUCUCAAAGACAGGGAUAAAGUAAGCUCCAGAAUAUAACAACAUGGACAUUUUUGACCAAAAAAGUGGUUAAAAACUUGCAUAUGUACUAAGAUGCGACGGACCAGCCCAGACCGGGGCAGUUCAGUCCGACGGGAACAGGGUCGUCGAGAGGGUGGACAAGGAGUUGGCAAGUGGCAAACAGACACAAAAGGAGCUUGAUGAAAGUCUGAGUGUAAUCUGUGCA